GACCCGGACCAAGCAGGCCAUUUUUACCUGCGUAAUAACAGGCUUGGGAAUAGCGAAGCAGCGGCGGCAGCAGCGACUGGAGUAGGAGGAGGAGCGCAGGCAGCGGCCGCGGCGGGGCGGGAGGAAGAGGAGGGGGGAGGAGGAGGAGCUGAAGCGGGAAGAGCGGUAGGCAGCGGCUCCGCGGAGUUGCACCAGAGGCGGCGGCGGCGGCGGCUCUGAGACACCGCAGCCUCCCGGAGUGCGGAGUCCCUCCGGGGACAGCAGCAGGGAGCGCCCGCGCAGCCACCGCGCCUCGGCCCAGCCAAGCCGCCGUCGCCGCGCCGGGAAACGCCAGCCAUGGCCGCGCCGCCGGAUCCGCAGGACGAGCUGCUGCCGCUGGCCUGCCCCGGGUCCCAGUGGCUCAGGGACCGGGGGGAGGGGGCGAAUGAAGCGGUGACGCCGAAAGGGGCCACGCCGGCUCCUCAGGCUGGGGAGCCUAGCCCGGGGUUGGGCGCCAGGGCCCGGGAAGCGGCGCCGCGGGAACCCGGCUCGGGCCCCGCCCGGCAGCCGCCCGUUGCCAUGGAAACUGCAUCCACAGGUGUGGCAGGUGCUUCCAGUGCCAUGGACCACACGUUCUCAACAACAUCCAAAGAUGAGGAAGGAUCGUGUUACACAUCUCUGAUUUCUGACAUCUGCUACCCACCUCAGGAGGAUUCUACAUAUUUCACUGGAAUUCUUCAGAAGGAAAAUGGCCACGUCACCAUUUCAGAAAGCCCUGAGGAGUUGGGUACACCCGGUACCUCCUUACCAGAUGUGCCUGGGAUAGAGUCUCAUAGCUUAUUUAGUUCUGAUUCUGGAAUAGAGAUGACUCCUGCAGAGUCCACUGAAGUGAAUAAGAUCUUAGCAGAUCCCCUGGACCAGAUGAAAGCAGAGGCCUAUAAAUACAUUGACAUAACCAGACCCGAGGAGGUAAAGCACCAAGAACAACGCCACCCCGAGUUGGACAACAAAGACUUGGACUUUAAGAAUAAGGACACUGACAUCUCAACAAAACCUGAAGGGGUCCGUGAACCUAACAAACCAGCUCCUGUGGAGGGAAAAAUCAUCAAGGACCAUUUCUGUGAAGAAUCCACAUUUGCUCCGUACAUAGAUGAUCUCUCUGAAGAACAGCACAGGGCUCCUCAGGUUACCACCCCUGUCAAAAUCACACUGACGGAGAUAGAACCUUCUGUUGAAACUGCUACCCAAGAGAAGACCCCUGAGAAGCAAGAUAUAUGUUUAAAGCCAAGUCCUGACACAGUCCCCACUGUCACCGUCUCGGAGCCUGAAGAUGACAGCCCAGGAUCUAUCACCCCUCCAUCUUCCGGAACAGAACCAUCUGCUGCAGAAUCCCAGGGGAAAGGCAGCAUCUCCGAGGAUGAGCUGAUCACCGCCAUCAAAGAAGCAAAGGGCUUAUCGUAUGAAACCUCCGAGAGCGCACGGCAGGUGGGCCAGCUGGCCGACAGGCCGGAGGUCAAGGCCAGGCCCGGACCACCAACCAUCCCCAGCCCCCUGGACCAUGAGGCCAGCAGCGCAGAGUCGGGGGACUCAGAGAUCGAGCUGGUGUCCGAGGACCCCAUGGCCGCGGAGGACUCGCUGCCUUCCAGCUAUGUGAGCUUCAGCCACGUGGGCGGCCCUCCGCCAUCGCCCGCCUCGCCGUCCAUCCAGUACAGCAUCCUGAGGGAGGAGCGCGAGGCCGAGCUGGACAGCGAGCUCAUCAUCGAGUCUUGCGACGCCUCCUCUGCCUCGGAGGAGAGCCCCAAGCGGGAGCAGGACUCGCCCCCAAUGAAGCCCAGCGCCCUGGAUGCCAUCCGGGAGGAGACGGGAGCCCGGGCCGAGGAACGCGCGCCCAGCCAGCGGGGCCUGCCUGAGCCAGGUUCCUUCCUCGAAUACCCCUCGGCUGAGCCCCAGCCUGGCCCGGAGCUGCCCGCUGGAGACGGAGCCCUGGAGCCCGUGACGUCCACGUCGCCACGGAAGCCUGAGGAAGACGCAAGUUCCAACCAAAGUCCUGCGGCCACAAAGGGCCCCGGGCCUCUAGGCCCUGGUGCCCCACCCCCACUGCUGUUUCUCAAUAAACAAAAAGCUAUUGACCUGCUGUACUGGCGGGACAUCAAGCAGACGGGCAUCGUGUUUGGGAGUUUCCUGCUGCUGCUCUUCUCCCUGACCCAGUUCAGCGUGGUGAGCGUCGUGGCCUACCUGGCCCUGGCUGCGCUCUCAGCCACCAUCAGUUUCCGCAUCUACAAGUCUGUUUUACAAGCUGUGCAGAAAACCGACGAGGGCCACCCUUUCAAGGCCUACUUGGAGCUUGAGAUCACCCUUUCUCAGGAGCAGAUUCAGAAGUACACGGACUGCCUGCAGUUCUACGUGAACAGCACACUUAAGGAACUGAGGAGGCUCUUCCUUGUCCAGGACCUGGUGGAUUCCUUAAAAUUCGCAGUCCUGAUGUGGCUCCUGACCUACGUUGGCGCUCUCUUCAAUGGCCUGACCCUGCUGCUCAUGGCUGUGGUUUCAAUGUUUACUCUACCUGUAGUGUAUGUUAAGCACCAGGCACAGAUUGACCAAUAUCUGGGACUUGUGAGGACUCACAUAAAUGCUGUUGUGGCAAAGAUUCAGGCUAAAAUCCCAGGCGCUAAGAGGCACGCUGAGUAAACUGAUAUCGCACCGGGGACUGGACACAAACAGGAAUGUCUGAAGUGGUAACAGCUCCCUUCUUACUCGUUACUGCAAAUUGAUUGUGCCCCCUUCCCCCCAGUACCAUAAUCUUAGAGACAAACCUUAAAACAGCUGUUUUUAGGCUGUUCCUUGUACUCUUAGGAUAUUUGAGUCACUUGUGUCAACCACUAAAGUAUAGAGAAAAGUGUAUUAGAUGUGGUUUUUAAUUUUGUGUUGCUAAAAAAAAGUGCAUGAUGGUGAGAGCCCAAGUUAUCUUUCCUUCUUUGGUGUUCUUCUUCUCUUCUCUGCAAUGCUUCUGUAGCUUCUAACGUUCCCGUGGCUAGGCCUUUCCUGCUGAGUGCUCUGAUGCAAUAGUGGAAAUCGCUUACAUGUCCUUGGGUUGCUGGUUGGAUUAAUCUUUAAUAACAAUAUAUAGAAUUGUAGACUGAUGUUUUAGCAUUUUUCCAACACACACAACGUAAAAAUAAAAACAGUCGACCGUACUUAUGGUAAUCAGUUUUGUAUAACUUAAAAUAAUUAAAUAAAUGAAUAAACCCAAAACGAACAUGCAAUACUUUUGUUGUAUGGGAUUGGUGCGCUGAUUUACAUGUAUGGUUACUAAAAAGUACCAGCAUGUUAACUUUAUUACAAUUUGUAUUACUUUCUCUGUAGUUCCUAAUGGAUUCAAUUACGGACUCUGGAUAUUUGCACUUAUGUACUUGAUACUGAAUGCAUAAAUAAAUGUUACUAAAUGUAGAA